UAGUGCUUCCAUGACCUCAUCUUGUGUGAAGGGGCUAACUUCCUGGAAGGAGGAGGCUUGGCUUGUUCCUAGUGUCCCUUGAGCCUGUCCCAGAUGCCCUUCACCCCAGGUUUGCGUUUGUUUUUCUCCCUCCCAGUGUUGUCUUUAGGUUUUGUUUUCAGUCCCCAGACUAACAUGGAAGGAAGUGAAUUAACAUCUAAUGUUUUGUUGUUUCAGAGGUUUUUUAAAUCACUACACUCUAUGUGAAAGUCGUGGGGGUUUCACACACCAGUGUGGUCAACAGGCUCCAGAAGCCCCAGAAAUGACGUCCACUCCUAGUCUAGCCUCAGAGAAGAACUUCAGAGGAAGGAAAUGCAACUUCAUAAACAGCAAACCACAGACACUAAUGGGGAGCAGAGGCAGACCUGCAGGUUAAUAAAUUCCCUGCAAGAGAAGCCCACACAUCCUCACCUCUCUGGGAUUCAAGAAUGAUUUCGACUUUAGUCUUCAUUUUUCUCCUAAGCCUCUGUUGUCCUUUUGCAUCAAGUCAGAUGACAAGUGUAGGAGUAGGAGGGGAUGUCGGGCACCAGAUGCUCGCAGAGAUGAGAGAGACGAACCUGGCGCUGAAGGAAGUCAGAGAUUUGCUGAAGCAGCAGAUUAAGGAGAUCACGUUCCUGAAAAACACAGUCAUGGAGUGCGACGCCUGUGGCAUGCACCCAGGGGCAACUGGCCCAGGGAUCAGCAUAACACGAUUUCCCAGAUGUUUACCAAACCCUUGUUUCCCUGGAGUUACCUGCACAGAGACUGACUCUGGCUUUCACUGUGGACCCUGCCCCCUGGGCUUCACUGGCAACGGGACCCACUGCACAGAUAUCAAUGAGUGCAGCGCAAACCCCUGCUUCCCAAGAGUCAACUGCAUUAACACUGCCCCUGGCUUCCAUUGUGACCCCUGUCCCACCGGCUACACUGGACCAGCACCCCAAGGGGUUGGGUUAGCGUUCGCCAGAGCCAACAAACAGGUUUGUACAGACAUCAAUGAAUGUGAGACGGACAGCGCCAGGGCUUGCGUCCCAAACUCCAUCUGCAUCAACACUCGGGGAUCCUACAAGUGCGGGUCCUGUAAGCCUGGCUUUGUUGGGGACCAGACUGCUGGGUGCAGAAGCCAGGCGGAGAGACGCUGUCCCAACGGGGAACUCAGUCCGUGCCAUGAGAGAGCUCGCUGCAUCGUUGAACGGGAUGGGACCAUCUCGUGUGUGUGCAUUGUCGGGUGGGCCGGGAACGGCUACGUCUGCGGGAGAGACACAGACAUCGAUGGAUUCCCAGAUGAGAAGCUGCGCUGCACAGACCGAAAAUGCCGCAAGGAUAACUGCGUGACCGUCCCCAACUCCGGCCAGGAGGAUGCGGACAGGGAUGGCAUCGGCGACGCGUGCGAUGACGACGCUGAUGGAGAUGGGAUAUUAAAUGCAGAGGACAACUGCGUCCUGGUGCGCAACACAGACCAGCGCAACACGGACAAGGAUAGCUUCGGCGACGCCUGCGACAACUGCCGGCACGUGAAGAACAACGACCAGCGGGACAGCGACAGUGAUGGGAAGGGAGACGCGUGUGACGAUGACAUAGAUGGAGACAAGAUCAAAAACAUGGUGGACAACUGUAAAAACACCCCCAACCCUGAUCAGAAAGACAGCGAUGGGGACGGAGUGGGGGACGUGUGUGACAGCUGCCCCACCAUCAGUAACCCAGACCAGAAAGAUACUGACCACGACCUGGUGGGGGAUCUGUGCGACACCAACCAGGACCGGGACGGGGACGGCCACCAGGACUCCCAUGAUAACUGCCCCUCGGUGCCCAACAGCUCCCAGCUGGACACAGACCACGACGGGAUUGGAGAUGAAUGUGAUGACGACGAUGACAAUGAUGGGAUUCCGGAUCUAAGGCCUCCCGGCCCUGACAACUGCCGGCUAGUCCCCAACCCCGGACAAGACGAUUCAGACAGUGAUGGUGUGGGAGAUCUUUGUGAAGAUGACUUUGACAGUGACCAGGUGAUUGACAGAAUCGACGUGUGCCCAGAGAAUGCAGAAGUGACUCUGACAGAUUUCAGGGCUUUCCAGACAGUUGUGUUGGACCCUGAGGGCGACGCACAGAUUGAUCCCAACUGGAUUGUCCUCAAUCAGGGCAUGGAAAUUGUCCAGACCAUGAACAGCGAUCCUGGCCUGGCUGUGGGUUACACUGCAUUCAACGGGGUGGAUUUUGAGGGCACCUUCCACGUGAACACUGCCACAGACGACGAUUAUGCAGGCUUUAUCUUCGGUUACCAAGACAGCUCCAGUUUCUAUGUGGUGAUGUGGAAGCAGAUGGAGCAGACAUACUGGCAGGCAAACCCCUUCCGAGCAGUAGCAGAGCCCGGAAUUCAGCUGAAGGCAGUGAAAUCUAAUACAGGGCCAGGAGAAUAUCUCCGUAAUUCCCUUUGGCACACUGGAGACACAACAGACCAGGUCAAACUGCUAUGGAAAGACCCCAGGAAUUCCGGCUGGAAGGACAAGACCUCGUAUCGUUGGUUCCUACAGCACCGGCCUCAAGUUGGAUACAUCAGGGCUCGCUUCUAUGAAGGCCCUGAAAUGGUAGCAGACAGCGGAGUCGUCCUUGAUACAACCAUGCGAGGGGGUCGUCUGGGGGUCUUCUGCUUCUCCCAGGAGAAUAUUAUCUGGUCCAACCUGCGUUACCGCUGCAAUGAUACCAUUCCUGAAGAUUAUGAGAUAUUCCGAACGCAGCUGGACCAGCCCAGGGCUUAAAUGUUGUCCAUCAAAAUUUGCUUUAAAAAAGUACUCAGCUAUCCACUACUGCAGCUCUGAUAUACUGUAUAAAGAACUAUGUAAUGUACCACUGCACUCUGUACAGCAGCAGGUGUCACUGCCUAUCGGGCAUCUUUUCUACAACAACAAAUCUCUGUAACUGCUAUGAAAGUCUAUUGGAAUUGCAGAGAUUUUAGGUGCUGGAAGGAGAUUCAUAAAUGAAGUGUGAAUAGAAGCCAAAAAUGACGACUGUGCUGUUAACACUAGUCUGCCACACAGCCUGGAAACAGAUGUGCUGAGACGCUACCUGCUAUGGCUGGAACUAUUUGAAUAACUGUCCCCUACAUAGUGGCUCUGAAGCCUUAAAACAUUUUUACACUUCGCCUCCUGUUAGCUCAUGUCCCAUUACUGGUCAGGCCAGGAAAUGUCAGUUUGAAAAGCACACGUACAUUAGAGAUGGGCAGGAUGUUUGAAUUACUCGUGGAACACAAAAGGCACUUUAAAAGGGCACCUUAAUUCUGGAAUAAUUUGGAAAAUAAACAACACUAAUAGACUUAA